GUGCAAGAAAAUAACUCCCUUAUUUUCAUGAACCCGCGACGUUGCUCACACCUUCACGGCUCCACCAACAAAGUUGUCAUAACGACGUCGUUGAACCCAUUCACGACAUUGCUUAGAUCGCGACGCCGUCAAUCUCGCGGCAGCGUCAACCUCACGACAUCGUUGAGCUCGCGAUGUCGUUUUUAUCUAAACGACAUUGUCCAAAAUAAUUACUGAAAAUGUGUCGAAUUGUUGUGGUGCAGGUAACGAUAGAUUUCCACGUGCGCACGAUCUAAUCAAGGACCAUCAUCCUUCAUAUCAAUUAAUCUGGACAUUCGGUCAUCGCAACAUUGUUUUAAAAUUAAAUGACUCUGCUUCCAGUCUCGCGGUGUCGUUGGCUCACUCGAGCUUUGCGGCAUCGUUGUCAUGUUAGGCUCAACGUUGUUCUUGCGGAACGAAGUCGUCUUCUACUACCACGACAUCGUUUAUGCUGCAAUCUCUUGCGCCAUAGUUUUUACUAAACACUGUCGUUUCUUAUUACAGUGGUACCAUUGGGAUUUGACUUUUUGCGGCAUAGUUAAAUUCUUGCAACAAUGUCUUUAACUAAACAAUGUCGUCUUCUUAGUGCCGCAUUAUUAUUUUUGCCUUGCACGACUGUGAGGGUACCAAACAACGCUGGGAUAUGGUCAAGCGAAUUCACGACAUUGUUUUAUAUCAAACACUGUCGUUUUCUAAUUUGCUAUGUCGUUUUUAGCUAAACAACACCGCUUGAUUCUACCCGCGACAUUGCUUGUCACUAAACGGUACUAUUUUUUAUCCUUCUCCGACAUGGAAUAAAAAGCACUCCUUUUCCAACCCCAACACCAACAUUCAAAACCGCUCACGACAUUGUUUUCUACUAAAACAAUGCCGUUUCAAGUACCGCGGCUAGGCGUGGUAAUCGGUCGGUAACCGGUUAACCGGUUAUCGACCUGGUUACCGGUAUACUGUUCACGACAUGGGAGAACUUGAAUACCGAUAUCGGUUUGUAACCAAACACCCGGUUAACGGUUACAAAUUGGUUAUACCGGCUACCCGCGAGAGGAGACACACCUCCUCCUCUCUUUCUCAUUCUCGACAAACAGACUCUCUCUCUCCCAAACCCUUCCCAUACCUCCUCUCUCUCUCGUUCACCUAUCCCCAACCUUCCCAGACCUCCUCUCUUUCUUGAUUUCCUCUCAUCUCCCCAUCCCUACACUAAUCGUCGCCCACCGUUGUCGCCGCUGCAUUGAACAAGCUUGCUCUCUGCCCUCACCAUCAUUUCAGCCUCCAGUCGUUGCCGCCGCCGCCGGAUUAGGGAUUUUUUGGGGGUGUCAAGAGAUCCGGGUGCCUCCUCUCGCGAUCCAGAUCUCCGGCGCGAGAAGAAAGAGGAGAUGGGUGAGGCGACAACCAUCCCGCCGCCAUCUCGUCGUAGCCCCCCUUUGCUCAUGCUGCUCCCACCAAAUACAGAUCGAAAAGCAUGCAACCUCCUCUUUAGUCCGAUCUGGGUUCGAGUUGUCCUUCUCCAGUCCACAUGCUCAGAUUUGGAAAGAUCGAACCUCUACUUCAUCUCUUCGGCGACAAAUUGAUGGCGGAGCAUCCAUUGGAAGUCAAGACAUCGGUGAUGGCGGUGUGCACGAAUCUGUGCUCUAGCGGAGAGGUGGAGGCGGCGUCGUGGAGAGGUGAAGGCGUCGUCGACAGGGAGAAGGGUUGGGGAGGAAGUCGAGCGAAGGAAGCCGGUAUCGGUGCACCGAAAAACCGUCGAUAUAUACCGGCAGAGGAGCCGGUAUAGCGAAUUCCUUUGAGGCGCUGCCGAAUACCGAGACAUCCCGGUUAUCAGUUAAACCAGUAACCGGAAAACCAAUUGUCACCCCUAACCCCGACAUUGCUUGUCUUUCAACGACACCGUUUUUUUGUCAUGUGGCAUCGAAUUAAAUGCCGAGACAAAUUAAUGCGACAUUUAAUUUAUGCCAAAAAUAUUUUAGGUGUAAACAAUCAGAGGACAUGAUCGAGAGACUCAAACAAAUGUAUGUCUCGACCAUGUAUCUGGGGUUAUUUUUUUCAUUCGUGCUUCACAGUGGGAAUUUUCACUAGGUCGAUUUCAUUGUGCAUCUGACUUUUCGAUUAUCAAGAUUUCGUUACUAAGGUUCACAGUAAAACGUAGAAAAAUAUGAUUACUCUUUAAAAAUGUGAGAACUUUCACGAUGUCAAUUUGAUUGUGCAUAUGAGUGGUGUUCACCAUUGAUGUUGAGUGCGGUGCAGUCAGAAUAUAUGAUGGCUCUUUAAAAUGUAGAAAAGGAAAUAACCUUUUGUGAUAGGAAAGCAAGUGUGCGGGUCAUUUAAAUAACCCGCAACACGCCCACCAACCAUCCGUUUUAAUACGGGUAGAAAAUAAACGACCUAUGGUUCACUCACAUUUAUUAUCCACCCACCCCCACUUUGAAUCUUUUGUGGGUCGUCUGGUCCAUUUCAACCACUCAUUCAGUCAAUUUCUUGCCCCCAUCUCUUACCCCCUAAGAUUUGUUUUAAUUAACUCUAUAACAAUCUUUCCUUUUUUGUUUUGUUUUGUUUUAAUUUACUUUGUUUCCUUUUCUCCUCGCUCUUGCAUUUCUCGCCGGUCCUAUAAAAGCGACCAUGCUCUGUACUACUUUGUUGGUGUGUCUUCCUGUUUCUCUUUUUGCUUCUUCUUACGCAUGGACCUCGAAGCAGAACUCAUGAGCGAUGAGUCGCCCUCGUUCAUGAGCCUUCUCCUUGACAAGGAUCAUCCAAUACAACAAACACUACAACUGGAAAGUUUCGUAGGAGGGCUUCACAAAACACCAUCUUCUUUUUCCUUCUCUUCUUCAUCACAUUCCCCUAAUGACUUGCUCAUUCAAAAUUUCCCUCAUGUUGAUGAUCACCAUUAUCAACCCCACCAACCCCCUAUUGAAGCUUUUCUUGACUAUAGCAACAAUCCUAAUAGUUUCUCAAUUGAAGGGUUCUCUUCUUCGCCGAUCUCGUCGCAAACCAUACAAAAUCCAUAUUUUCCCGUCUUCUCACAACAAAACAAUCUGCCCUUUCCGAAUCCUUCUCUGAAAAGGAUUGGCGAGGAUGAGGUGGGGAAUGAGAGACCAUCACUCUCAGUAGAAUCUCCAAAGAAAUCUCUCGCCAAAGGCCAAUGGACCGAUGAAGAAGACAAGUUAGUUCUCUAAUUUUCUUUUAUUAUUGUUGUUUUGGUAUCAAUCUCGUUCAUAAUAUGACAAUUUUCUCCAUGAUUUUUAAGCCGGCUGGUUCAAUUGGUGGGUGCGCUUGGAGUCAAGAGCUGGAGUCAAGUUGCUAAGAAGCUUGGUGGUAGAAUUGGAAAACAGUGUAGAGAAAGGUGGCACAACCACCUAAAGCCAUAUAUCAAGGUAAUUUUCACAUCAAUACCUCCUCGUGUUUAAUGAUCUAUAAAUCAUCUGAUUCAAUCUGAUGUGGAUGUGCAUAUCAUAUACUCGGUCGAAAUUGACUGUUGUUUUACUAUGUUUUCUGGGAUUGUAUUUUCUCCGAAAAUCGUAUUUAAUUUUUUGUUUAGUUUUCAAUGGUGCAUGUAAAGAUACAUAAAACGCUUCUUUUAACUGUAUUUGUAGCCACUCAAUUCUUCCGGACGAAAAUCACGUGUAAUUUUUAUAUGGUAUUUGACACUUGUCGUGCAUUCAUUUGAGGUCAUACGUGGAGCUCGCGCACGUCUGUUUGUUAUUAGGAAAAAAAUAAAUUUUUAACUGGGUGCAUAAAAGAGUAAUGAACUU